AUGGGCUGCAUCCUCAUGCCCAAAGCAAAGGCCUCGAGCUCGCUUGCAUCUUCGCCUCCCGCGCAUGGACGCAGCGUAUACAUUCACAAGGCGCUGGCCGACCCGAGUCUCGUCGGCCAGGCGAAAGAGAUGAAGGAGCUCUACACCAAGCAGGUCCGCAGCGAAGCAAAAAAAGGUCACGUGGUACCAGCGCAUCCAGCGCGCUCUGGCGCGGCUCCGAGCAGCCCCGGAGUUGUUGCUUUGAGGAUAGUUCAAUGGAAUCUCAAUUGCCUUUGUGGCAUCGACGGGCAGACACCCCAACGAGCUGCAGACGUGAUCAAAGUGUUGGCGCCGUGCAACGCAGAUGUGCUGGUGCUUCAAGAGAUGCCACGCGGGCCUGCCCAGAGUUGGUGGUGGGAACCGUGGCGAUCUACUUUCCCAGCUGAAGAGAUGCGUGCUUUGGAGACGGGUCUACAAGAACUUGGGUAUCAGACUCAGCUGAGAAGCAGCUGUUUCAGCUCGACCCUUCUGUGCACACGAUUGACCGUGGUAGCGGUGUCGGAGGCCAGCCUGGACUCGGAGCAUGAUUUCCGGAUGCCAGAGGAUCGCGCUGCACUGCUCGUCUCCCUCCGCCUGGAGGCUGACGCCGACGGCCUCAUUGUCACUAUUUGUGCCACGCACUUCCAUCACCAGAACUUCACGGUGAACGACAAGGGGGUCCGGAAAGCAGAGGCUGAGCUGCUUCUGCGCCACUGUGCCACCAACACCCCCAGCGACAGCCGAUGUACACUGAUGGUGGCUGAUUUCAACCAGGCACGACGUGGCGACUACUCCGCCGAGGAGUGGUCCGUCAUCUCUGCAGGUCUUCGUUCCAUUAAAGAGCCCGAGGACGACGGAGUCGCAGAGCUCCUCACUUCACAGGGCUGGGUUUGCUCUUACGACAUUGCCGCAGAGCGGAAUUGGCGAGGCGCUUCACCCCCAUUUACCCACUGGACAGGCACGACAGUCGACUACACGUACAUGCUGGCUCCAGCAGACCGCGCAAAGGUGUCUGCACACCUCUUGCACAGCGAUAUUUCGGAUCAUCUGCCAAUCAUGACGCAUGUGAGCUUCUGA